AUGCUCUCUGGCGUAGUCAAGGCUAUGCAGCAGGCUGACUUGGGCUCUGUUGAGUUCAACGUCGAUAGAGGUUUGCCGGAACGAUACACUCUUGCCGACCUCACACAGGAUUUCUUAGAAGGCAAUAUUUUGCCACAACUCGACGCUCUCAGUGCUCUUUCGCUCUGUCUUAGGAACACUGAGCGCAUCGAUCAAGAAUCACAAGACCAAGCAUCCAUCCAACAUCUGUCUAGCCAGACAUUGGGACUCCUGAGCCACUCCUCUGGCUCGCUGUUAAACAUCGACCCAGCUUCAGCGGAGCAAGCAUUGGAUGUCUUGAAGAUUCUUGUCCUCGGGUUUUCUCUAGUACUCGGUGACCAGAACUUGAUUGUCGUCGCCGCGUACACCGACUGCCGGGAAGCCUGGACGACCGUCAAUGCAGAGCUUUACGCCAGAGAGAUUUUGGGGCACUCUAUGGACAGUGACCAAAAGCAUGCGUUCAUUAAUUCGGCGGUAUUAGAGCGCUUCAUUCGGCCCAUCUUCUCUCGAACUUGCUCUAGCCGCAUCACUUCCACUGGUAGGAAAGCUCAUUUCGCCGACGACAGUCAGGACGGCUUUGCUUCGAACGUCAUCUCAGUCACCGAUGACGCGAGGCUUUGGAAAACCACUCAAACUCAUGCCGUUACGGUAUUUUCUUGGGCCGUGGAGCAAUGCGAUGAUGCGCUUGCCGGUAAAAGCUGGCCAAUGUUUACUCCAGUUCUCCUCGCUCUCCUGGACGACCCAGAUACAAAGUUCAAAGCAAAGGGUCUCAGUGUUUUGAGUGACUUUCUCGCCAAAUGCCCAGCUAAGGUCCUCGUUGAAACUGGUCUGGGAAGCAUUUUUGAACAGUCUCUCUUCCCCUGCCUUCUCUCCCUGCCAACUCUGACGCCCGAGAAAGAGUCCCUCCAACUGCUUGGUCCCGCAUAUAGUGCAAUCAUCCAGCUGGCCAAAAUGCAGUUUCCUGAAGCGAAGGCAAGAGACAAGAAGAAUAAGCUUCUCACUCGUUUACUUAGGGAGGGAAUCCUCCCGGGCUACUGGCAAUCGUCAGAGUAUGUUGAAAUCGUUGAACUACUUGCUCGACAAACGAUUUCCAUUGUCAACGAACUCGGCUUCUUUGCCACGACGCAUUUGAAGGCAAUUCCACAGGUCUUCAGCGUGAUCACUCAACUGCUAACUUUUGCAUAG